UUUUUUGAAUAUCUUAAAAAAGUUAUGAAUGGCCGAAUAAAUCAGGUAGAAAAAUGCCUUUUACUAGUGAAUCACGGAAAAAAAUUGAUGAGAAAAGAGGAAAAAAGUUGGAGAGGAAAAAAAGUUCUGAAUGGUAAAGAAAUGACAUCGGAAAUUCAAUGGUUUAGCAUUUAUAUUUUUUGGCUUAUUUUUAAUUAAGGAUGUUAACUGGUGACGUCAAGUUUAUUGGGUCUUUCAUGGGGCAUCAGGGAUCUGCUUCCAGAUAUCCAUGCCCAAUCUGUGAAUCAACGAAAACUGAAUUAUGCGAAGAGAUGGGGCCGAAAAGAACUUUGGAUGGAAUCAUUCCAAAUGAGAAAUCAUUCACACGUAAACCCCUGUUGCCUAUUGAACCAUCAGAAAUUAUUCCUCCCGCUUUUCAUCUUUUACAUGGGAUCACCUCCAGAGCUGUUGAACUCCUUGUACACUUUGCAGAUCAAUCUGGAAACAGAGCACAACUUGAAGAAAAAUUGCGUUUUUUACAUUGUAAGCGAGACAAACACACUAAACAAUUUAGAGGUGGUGAUAUACAUAAACUUGUGCAAGAUGCAAAUAUUGAUGAAUUGUGCAGCUUUAUCUCAGAAAUGGAAACAAGGACGAGAAUGAAUGAAUUUUUUUCAGCUCUUCAACUAAUGCACAAACAAAGCAGAAUUGGAUUUGUGAAUGAUAUCAAUAUUUUCAAGGAACGUGUUACUCAGGUUGUCAUUUGUUGGAGAAAUCUCAAAAAAUAUGCAAAAGCAGGACAGAUGUUUCCGAAACUUCACUUGCUGGCUGCUCAUACAGUGGACUUUGCUAGAAGAAAUGGAUGGUGGUCUCUGGUAAAUGAACAAGGUUUAGAGAGUCUUCACGGCGUUUUCAAUAGAUUAGCACCACGUUAUGAAAAUGUUGGGGAUGAUGUUUUGUCAGCGGAGAAAUUGUUUAGGCAUCAAUGGAUGUCAAAUUGUUUGCACGAUAAAGGCAGAACAGAAAAUACGCAAGAAAACAUUCAAAUUAGGCAGAGGCGUUUAAGUUUUUAA